CCAGGCGUGGGGACCCCUCCCCCCUCUCAGCCACCCCCCCCAGGGGUGCCCUCCAGCCUCCAAUUCUCCUCCCCGCUCAGUCCCCCCACGUCCUACCGGUUCGUUUGGGGGUUCCUCCUGUCUCCUUGGGCGUCGAGGUCCCCCACCAGCAUCCAGCAGGCUGGGUGUAUUUUAAAUUAUGUUGUACAUUUUCUACAGUGAUCAGCUUAUGAGGCUAAUCUUUUGGCAAGUUUUAGGAGCACCUGAGAUAAAAAGGCUCAGUGUUUGGCAUGCACAGAGCUCAUUUUUAGUAUUUUGUGUACAUGUUUCUUUGAGGUACAUAACUGCUCAGCAAAUAACCACUGCAGGCAAACAUUCAAAGUUAUUUUUAUCCAAAGACUAGAAUUUACUAAGUGACUCUUAUUGUCAGAUGGUUUUAGGCUGUUUAAAAGGGAAACAGUCAAAUCUGUGGGCACAGGGAAACCAGGAGGCACCUUUGGUCAUCUGUGGCCCACCCACUUCUCACUUUAUUGAUGGAACGAGGCAGAAUGUCACUGCUUCUUGCCAGAUUCCACCAUGGACUCUGCCAGGCCCUAACCCCCGGACAGAGCAGGAUGUCUGGUUUUGCUUUUUGUUGCCCUGAGCUGGGAGCUGGGUGGCCCUCUGUCUAGGAGACCUCUUACCACCAUUACCUCUCAAAGUAUUUUCACCGUCAUGAUACGGGGGGUUUUCCCCCAGACAUUAAAAUGAGGUGGACGAUCCCCAUUUUCCACCUGGAGAAAAGGCCCUGAGUAGUUAAGUGAAAGGCCCAGGGCUGCAGAGUUAGAGGUUUACUCUACUCCUGUAUUCUUUGGGCCAGAUUAUAAACCCCUCAUGGGCUGGGGUGGGGACUUUUUUUAACCAUCUCAGCAUUAUAUCCCUUUGAUUUUUUCAUCGGUAUGACUGGAAGGGCACAAAGUUGUCGAUGUGCUGUUCCUUGGCACUUUUUUCUGUUGUGGGAAGUUAACUGGUUCUGCAGCAGUUCCAGGAGACGAGCGGGAGAAGUCGCCUUACUCAUGAUGUUCUUGGUUUAAUAGUGACAGAGGCUAACAUUUCUCGGGUGCUUACGGCGUGCCGAGCACCGUGCCAAGUGCUUUAUAUGGACCGUCUCCUUUCGUGCUUCUCAUCGACUUGUUUUCCCACUCUGUGGUCAAGGUUGGGAGAGGUUAAAUAACUUGUGUAAGCUCACACAGCUACUAAGUAGCUAAGGAGUACAGAAACGAGCCCUUCCCUGACAAAGGGCCUUCCAGGUUUAAAGAAAGCAGCUCAGGCUUAAAUACACUGUUUUCGUGACGUUAGAACGAAGGUGAGCGAAUCACUGUUGGAGUGGACAUGGGAGGCCACGGCCAUUCACAGCAGAGAAGCAGAGCUGCCGACCAGCUUGGGUCGCUUAUGUGAGUGUUUAGACCACUGUCAUUCCAGUCUUGGAGGGGAGCAGAAUCAGUGUCCAUACUAAAACAGUGGUUUUUUUUUUUUGUGAUUUACGUACUUAUUUUUGGCUGCGUUGGGUCUUCACUGCUGUGCGUGGGCUUUCUCUAGUUGCGGCGAGCGGGGGCUACUCUUCAUUGCGGUGCGCAGGCUUCUCACUGCGGUGGCUUCUGUUGUUGCAGAGCAUGGGCUCUAGGCGCACGGGCUUCAGUAGUUGUGGCGUGUGGGAUUCAGUAGUUGUGGCUCAAGGGCUCUAGAGCGCAGGCUCUGUAGUUGUGGCGCACGGGCCUAGUUGCUCCGUGGCAUGUGGGCUCUUCCCGGAGCAUGCAGGGCUCGAACCCGUGUCCCCUGCAUUGGCAGGCGGAUUUUCAACCACUGCCCCACCAGGAACGCCCCUAAAACAGUGUUUUAAAUUUGCUAUUUGGGGUUGUAGUCACACGUUUUACAGGUAGGUGGGAAGUAAGUGCUGGAACCAGGCUGCCUGUAUUCAAAUCCUCUCACCUCUGAGCUGCCUGACCUUCAGUAAGUUAUUUUAUCUUUCUGCACCUUAGUUUUCUCUCUACUCAUUCUAAAAAUGGGGACAAUAAUAGUACCUGUCUCAUAAGCUGUGGCAAGAAUUAAAUGGCAUGGUGCCUGUGAAGCUCUUAGCCCAGUAUUUGGCAUUUAGUUAAAUGCUCUAUAUUCUCUUUUAUUGUUCAUAGUAUCAUUUCAGGUAGUGAGCUGCUGCCAUUGUGUGCUGUGUCACAGUGCGUGAAGUCACCAUUAGAGAUUUAUUCCUUCAUGCCAUCAUUCACACGCAGGUGCUCAUACACAGGUGAUGGUGGUCUUGGGCAAUGGGAAUUCUUUUGUUCAUUCAGCAAAUAUUUAUAGUGUACCUUCUGUGUGCCAGGCCCUGUUUUGCCAGGCCCUGGAGGUGGGCAGUGAACAAAACACAAAAACCCUUGUCCUCAUUGGAACUUACGUUUUUGAGGGGGGGGGGUGACAGACAAUAAACAAAAUAAAUAUACUUAUCACAUACAGAUAUGUACUACGGGGAGAAAUAAAGCAGGGGAUGAGAUGAGGGUUGGAGGUUUAUGAUUUUACUCAGAGUCGGCUGAGAAAGCCUCCCUGAGAAGGUGACAUUUCAGCAAAGAAUUGCAGUUAGUGAGGGCGUGGGCCACGUGGACACCUGCAGGGAAAAGUAGGUCAGGCAGCGGGAACAGCAAGUACAAAGGCCCUGAGGCAGGAGGAUGGGUGGCUGGAGCCCAGAGAGGGGCAGAUCAAAGAGAUAGGAGAAACGAUCAGAGAGGUAAUAGAUGGGAGGCCAGAAUGUGUAGACCCCGCAGGCCACCGAACAGAAGAAUGACACGAUCUGACUGAUGCUAUAAACAGAUCACUCUGCUGGGUUCGGGCGAAGAUAGAAACGGGAGGCCAGUGAGCUGGUUCCUACAGUGGUCCAGACAGAGGUGAUGGUGGCUGGGACCAGAGUGCAGAGGUGGAAGGAGGUGAGAAUGGUGGGAAGUAGUUGUAUGCUAGAUAAGUGUUGGUCGCAGAAACUAUAGGACUUGCUGACAGAUCGGAUGACCGCAAGGUUUCUGGCCUGACACCUGGAAGGUUUGAGGUGCCAUUUGCCAGGGAUGGGGAAGAUCUGCAUUUGGAGCAUUUGGGGGAUAAGGCAGUUCAGCUUUGAACGUGGUUAAGUCUUGCGGGCACCCAGCUGUUGGUGUCAGAGUAGUAGUUGAUUGUAUGAGAAGGGAGUUUAGGGGGAGAAAGUCCAGACUGGAAAUAACCACUUGGUGUAUGGGCAUUUGUGUGCUGGUGAAUGUUUAACAACCUCUGAAAGGGUGGCGGUUGGUGGUGGGGAGGCAGGUUGAUGGCAUUUGCCGACAGACACCUGCUGUGUAAAUGUUCCCACGCUGGCCAGCCUCCAGCACACGUUACAGAGUAUCUAUCUUCACCUUACGGACACAAUAGGUUAAAUAAUGUCAAGAGCAUAGAUAAUAGUAAAAUGAAGUAAAUCAAUUAGGGAGUGUUGAGUAUUUAAUACCUUUGUUUGUUUUGUUUUAAGAGUUUUAUUUAUUUAUUUUUUUCUUUGGCUGUGCCACACUGGCUUGUGGGAUCUUAGUUCCCUGACCAGGGAUUGAACCCGGGCCCUUGGCAGUGAAAGCUUGGAGUCCUAACCACUGGACCACCAGAGAAUUCCCCUAAUCCCUUUGUUUUUAGUAUAACUUCUUUGGUUAUAAAUUUGUGUAAUUCGGUUUUCAAUAAUGGCUGUGUUUAACAACUGACUUGACAAAUGCCUGAAGAUUUAGCCGUGGCAUCUUGUGUGCAGUGGCUCCAGCACGCCAUUUGGGCCACAGGGACCCAGGAUUGAUACCUAACGAGGUGAUGGGAAUAAGGAUUCUCUGAGAUUAGGGAGGAAAAAGCCUCAGAGCUGAUCUUAUGGAUUCUGUCCCCUGUCCAGCCUCGAGGGGGACGCAUGCAGGUCACAGUUCAUCGUGAAGGGUCCGGCUGGCAUCUGCUUGGGGAUGUACGGAGGACCCAGAACGCAAAGGAGAGAGUGCAGGAAACACGUUGGAGUUGGCGAGUAGAAGGGACGGGGCACUUCCCCUUGUACUUUAGCUAAAAGUCACCUUUACUUUGAACUCUUGUUUUACUCCCAUGCAUUCUUCUAAACAUUCCGAGCUCCUGAGCUGUGAUUUGAAGGAAAUCCCCCUUCCUCCUGCUGGGCAAACAGAAGGUAGAGGUCAAAGGUGUCCACGUGGCAUUGGGAAAGGGAUCAAAGCGGCAGCAGACACUGGUGUUCACCUCCCAGCUCCUUUCUCCUGCCGCUUGUCUGCUGGGACCAGAGGAUCAGAGGUGCUUCGUCCUGUGGCUUCCCAGAAACGGCUCUGCCGCUGGAGCACCCGCUCAGGCCGGGGCUGUGCCGGGACUGGUCCUGGGUGCACCCCACAUCUGCCUCUUUCACUUUGGGCAGAACAGACAGGAACCCCGCUUCUGGUCCAUACCCUCUGGCUGGCCACGUCAGUGCUCACAGCUUUGGGGAUGUUAGCAGAGCCGCACUUUACAAGGUGAGUCUCCCAGGUUGCCCGGUAGGAACCCCUCACCCUGGAGCUGGGGGCAGCGAGAGGUGCCCUGGACUCUGGACGUGGGCCCGGUCAGUCCCGACUCUGGGAUGAGCUUUGUCACCCCCAGAGGAUGCCUCCGCGGCACCGCACUUGGUAGCGUAGUGUGUUUCUGGCAAGUAUCUUGAAUAAUAAUUGUUGUAAAUGAAAUCGCAUCCUCCACACACUGAAGUUAUAGCUUCGAAGAGUUUGGCCUUAACUUCUGGGUGACACUCAGUUAUCAGCUCCAUGCCUCCUAUUUCAGUCCUUUAUUUCCUGGCCUAAGGCUGUAGGCGCUAAAGUGCCCUUACAGAAAGGCUGUGGCCGUCUCCCUGAUAAUAGAGAUGUUAUCUCCUUUCCUUGGAAAACAGAGUUUAGGAGCAGGAAAGUGCUGUAGAGGUCCUUUAGCUCCAUCUCUUCACAGAUGGGGAAACUGAGGCCCACCAGGGUACAUGCAUGUUCAAGGUUACGUGGUGUUUAGAUUCUUCUGGGGAAGGAUCAUCAUGUGUUCCAAUCCACAGUCUAAUACACUGUCCUCCUGUCCUGGAGCGGCUCAAACUCUGCACUAAUAGUUUUCUUAUUUAUUAAUUAAAAAUAGAAGCGAUGCAUAGCAGGAUCAGCCGUUGGAAUGCCGCUUCCGUGUCUUUUCUAAGUUCACGUAUGUAAUCUUAGUAGGGGUUGUAUUUCACAGCCCGUUCCUCUCAGAGCAGGCAAGGAGGCAGGAGGAAGUGCUUCAGAAAAUCCUGCAAAAGCAGAGCCUUGCAGCCCAAGAGCAGUUUAGGCCACAGGUGGGUGUAGAGCCGUCUGGUUCCCUGUUACCUCCCCUCUGCUCCAGAGUGGGGACCCUGACCUCGACUUUGACGUAAUUGGGCUUCUCUGAGCCUGUGUAUUCUGUGUCGGGGCAGCAGGGAGGACACCUGCGCACCCGUCUUCCUCCUCUCAGGGUGUAAGGACCAGCAGAUGCUGGGGUGUGUCCUGUGCUGUCUGCAGGGCGGGGCUCUGUAGACCCUGAGAGGAGGAAGUGGCAAGGCUUUCACCAUCUCAGCUCAUCUGUGCAAGCCUCCAUUGGUUUGGGGGUGUUAGCCCACUUGUAAGGUGAGGACUGCCUGGGUGACUUAAUUGGGUUACACAGCUCAGAGGUAGCCUUGAGCCCAUCCUCUUACCCAAAGGCCCCCUUCCUCCACUCGACUAAGAGAGCUGUUUAACAUAGUGACUGGGGCCUCAGGCUCUGGGACUCAACAGUUGACUUCACCUACUGUUUCCUCAUCCAUAAAAUGGGCAUCCUUGCAGAACUCCUUCCCAACAGUGUUUUUUUUAUUUUUUUUAUUAUUUUUUUUUGCGGUACGCGGGCCUCUCACUGCUGUGGCCUCUCCCGUUGCGGAGCACAGGCUCCGGACGCGCAGGCUCGGUGGCCAUGGCUCACGGGCCCAGCCGCUCCGCGGCAUGUGGGCUCUUCCGGGACCGGGGCACGAACCCGUGUCCCCUGCAUCGGCAGGCGGACUCUCAACCACUGCGCCACCAGGGAAGCCCCCCAACAGUGUUUUGAGGGAAGGUUGAGAUAGUGCAUUUACGUCGUCUGGCACACGCUGACUGCUUGGUAAAUGUCAGGUGUUAGGCUCGAGGUCGUUAGCAACCAGGUUUUGCAGGGGGAUGGGCAAGUCUCAGCCGUUGGAGGCUGCUUUGAAAUACCCGUGCUUGCACCUGCCCUGGGCCUGCUGGAUCAGAGGUUCAUUGCCUUGGUGAAGGGAGUGGGAGGUAGGUUGAAAACCUUCCAAGUCAUCUGAUGCUCCGCUGACAACAGCCCUGGCUCUGGGCUUCACUGCUCAGUGUCCCAGAGCCCUUCUCCUCGCAGUGGGCUCUUUGGACCAGAUUUCAGCACCUUAGGCCCCAUCCCCAGAUCCUCUGCAUCAGAAUCUGCAUCUUAAAAAGCUCUGCAAGAGAUUCAUAAGCACAUAGAAGUUUGAAAAACAAUGUUAAGGUUAAAAAACAUGGUGAUAAGAAAACCAAACACACAGAGCCACACCCCCUGACUUGUUUAGGAAAGGGUGGUUCCCUGGUUGUUUAGCAGCCACAGAGUAAGCAACCAUGUUGCAGUAACUGAUAUUUCUGAUCUGUGUUUGUUUAAAGGAGGCGGGGGCGGGGUGGGGGGAAUGACGUAAGCAGGAGAUAAGGGCGGCUAACCUGGGAACUUGGAGCCGGGACAGGGCUGGGCAGGGAAGACCGCAGCCGACUUCAGAGUCAGAACAGGGUUAAAUAGAGGCCCGGGGGUCGGCUCAGGCCGAGUGGCCAAGCGUCACGGCUUUCUGCAGUUUUCUGGGCUGGGGUAGACGUGCUGGCCCUCGGGGCUCCCUCGCCUGCCCAUCCAGGCGCAUCCAGACCUCUGGCUACCAGUAUCCGGGCAGGAGCUCUGAGACGCGGCUGCCAGCUGGCUGCUCCUCCUUCUCCAGGCUGUUCUCUGGGCUUCAGAUUUCUCACUGCCUCUUUCCUGCACUGACCUUGCAGCUUUCCCUUCCCUCCAGACAGGGGCGGCUGCCAGGUGAGAAAGAAAUGCUUGCAAGGCCAAGGACAGGACAGCAGGAGGAGAAAGCGGAAUGGUUCUCCGGGCCGUCUGUGGAUUUGGGCGUGAGCGCACAUAAAGGGGCAGCGGAAGAGGAGGCUGGGGGCUGCUCAUGUGGUCCCUUGGUCCUUCAGUUAAAGCUCCAAUGAUGGGAAUGUCUGGUGUCCUAUAGAACUGGUGCAGACACUGUUGCUGGAACCUCAUCUUGGUUUGGCCACUAACCAGGGCCAUCUUGGAGAUGGAUCUCAAGAGAGAUGGGGAAGGGGCAAAGGGCAAAGUGAGAGGAGGGGGUCGAUGUCAGAGUCAGGGGCAGGUCUGGCCCCUUGAUAUAGGGGAUGGUAAAGGGAUGUGGGAAGGUCUGCAGGGCCUUUGCAGAAGCCCUGCUAUUUCUUUAAACCUCAGUGUCCCUAUCUGUAUAACUAGACUGUAGCCUCAUUGUUGAGGAUUUUGUUAAUCCUUUAUCGGUAGAAUACUUGCUAUAUAAUAAGUGCCGUAUAAUAAUUAUUACUGUUCCUUCGUCAGUCCUCCCACACCCCAGACUGGGCCCCGGUCCCCCCACCUAUGUCUGAGAACCCGUGUUGCUUUCCUCCCGCUUCCUCUGCCUUUCCUUCAAAGCAUUGGCCUUGGCAGGAAACUGGAGAAUGGGAGAGCCAUGGAGUAGGAGUCGAGCGUAUCAAGCCCUACAGCCUUGGUCAGAGCAGAAGGCCAGAGAAAUUAAACCCUCUGGUGCAUUUGUGACAGGUCCAAGGCCUCUCGCCUUUCCUGCAUGUCAGCUGCUUCAAAUUUGAGGCUGAAACCUAGCCAAGAAGUUAGGCUAACCUUGGCGAGGCUGCGGUGUGUAAUUGCUACCCGUCAGCCCUGGAGCCAGGGAGCCUGGUGCCUGCCCGGCUCCCCGCUUUCGCACCAUGGGACCUUCACCUUCCUGAGCCUCAGCUUGUCUAUCUGCAAAAUGAGGGGGGGUGCUAUGAUAGUACCCCCUCCACUGGUUCUUUUCAGGGCUCUUGUCUGGAUUCAGUGAGAGCCAAUGCACAGAAGCGCUUAGCUCCGUGUUGGGCACCUGCUAGCGUUCAGCGUUUGCUGCUAUUAGCAAUAUUCCAUAAUGAUAGCUGCACUUAUGUAGUGCAUUAUAGGAGAUAGGCAUUUUCCUAAACAGGUUUUCAAUGUUAACUCAUUUUAUCCUUUUAACAGCCCUAUGGUGUAGGUACCACUAAUACCCCCAUUUCCGAUGAGGAAACUGAGGUACAGAGAGGUUAAAUAAUUUUUUUUGAAAAUGUUUGUUUAUUUAUUUUAUUUUGGCUGCACUGGGUUUUAGUUGCGGCACACGGGAUCUUUCAGUUGUGGCAUGCCUGCGGGAUCUAGUUCCCUGAUCUAGUUCCCUGGGGAUCAAACCCAGGCCCCCUGCAUUGGGAGCAUGGAGUCUUACCCACUGGACCUCCAGGGAAGUCCCAGAGAGGUUAAAUCAUUGUUCAGAGUAAGGGUUGAGCUGGGAUUCAAACGCAGCCAGUUGGUUCCAGAGUCCGCGUUUUUGAUCACUGUGCUGUAGCAGUGAUUAGUGAUCAUUUUGUGCUUGGAGCCCAGUUGACAAGGGAAGAGCAGAGGAAGAAGUGAGGGGGCAGUGAUGUCUCCUUCCAAAGUUCCAGCCAUCAUGCAAGACCAAGGCCUGCUGCUCCGAUGGUCCCGGCCACCCGUGCUUUGCGGACGAGACUGGCCUCGGUCAUAGAGUGGGCAGCUCCAAGUGCACGGCUGCACUGGGACCUCCCUGGGGGCUGGUGCCACCUUGCCCUGCUCCUGCAGCAGAAUGGCCCACCUCUAGCAAGUGGCGUCGUCCUUGCGUACGGGGCAGGCUCCUGACCCACUGAGGCAGAAAAGCCAAGCUGCUCAGGAGGGAGAGGGAAGCUGUGGGACUGUAACAUUUUCCUGAGAACAAGGUGGCUGUUUCUUGCCAGGCAGGAAGCGUUUGACAACCUAGAAGUGUGUUUCCCUCCUGCAUCGCAGCCGCCUGAGCCGUGUCUGAUCCUUCCUUGUUCCUUGUCUGUCUUCCCCAUGUGCCCCAGGCACGCAGGCGCUUGGAAUAUGCUCACGGCGGCUGUGUGCAUGGCCCUGCUGGGCUGCCUGCAGGCCCAGGAGCUCCAGGGACACGUCUCCGUAAUCCUGCUGGGAGCCACCGGGGACCUGGCCAGAAAAUACCUAUGGCAGGGGCUGUUCCAGCUGUACCUGGAGGAGGCGGGGAAGGGCUACAGUUUUCGCUUCCACGGGACUGCUCUGACGAGCACCAAGCAGGGCCAGGAGGUCAUAGCCAAGGUCCUGGAGUCCCUCUCCUGCCCCAGGGACACAGCUCCCGGUCGCUGCGCUGAACUCAAGGCUCAGUUCCAGCAGCUGAGCGAGUACCGCCGCCUGAAGACACCUGAGGACUAUCUGGCCCUGAGCAAGGACAUUGAGGCCCGGGUCCAGCACGAAGGCCUCCGGGAGGCCGGCAGGAUUUUCUACUUCUCGGUGCCCCCCUUCGCCUAUGCAGAGAUUGCCCGCAGCAUCAGCAGCAGCUGCCGCCCAGGCCCAGGUGCCUGGCUGCGCGUUGUCCUUGAGAAACCCUUCGGCCACGACCACCGCUCAGCCCAGCAGCUGGCCGCAGAACUUGGGAGCUUUUUCCAAGAGGAGGAGAUGUACCGGGUGGACCAUUACCUGGGCAAGCAGGUGGUGGCCCAGAUCCUGCCUUUCCGAGACCAGAACCGCAAGGCCCUGGACGGCCUCUGGAACCGGCACCACGUGGAGCGGGUGGAGAUCAUCAUGAAGGAGACCGUGGACGCAGAAGGUCGCACCAGCUUCUACGAGGAGUACGGCGUCAUCGGUGAUGUCUUGCAGAACCACCUGACCGAGAUCCUCAUGCUGGUGGCCAUGGAGCUGCCCCUCAACCUCAGCAGCUCGGAGGCGGUGCUGGAGCACAAGCUCCAGGCCUUCCGGGCCCUGCGGGGCCUGCAGAGGGGCAGUGCUGUUGUGGGCCAGUACCAGGCUUACCGCGGGCAGGUGCGCAGAGAGCUGCAGAAGCCAGACAGCUUCCACAGCCUGACGCCGACCUUUGCAGGCGUCCUCGUGCACAUAGACAACCUUCGCUGGGAGGGUGUCCCUUUCAUCCUGAUGUCUGGCAAAGCCUUGGAUGAGAGAGUGGGCUACGUUCGGAUCUUGUUCAAGGACCAGGCGUACUGUGCCCAGAGUGAGAAGCGCUGGGUCCCGGCCCAGAGCCACUGCCUUCCUCAGCAGAUCAUCUUCUACAUUGGCCAUGGUGAGCUGGGCAGCCCAGCCGUGCUGGUCAGCAGGAACCUGUUCAGGCCCUCCCUGCCCUCCGCCAGCUGGAAGGAAGUGGAGGGCCAGCCUGGGCUUCGCCUCUUUGGACGCCCUCUGUCUGAUUACUACGCCUACAGCCCUGUGAGGGAGCAGGACGCCUACUCCAUCCUCAUCUCUCGUAUCUUCCACCGCCGGAAGGACUCCUUCAUCACCAUGGAGAACUUGCUGGCUUCCUGGGUCUUCUGGACGCCCUUGCUGGACAGCCUGGCCCACGAGGUCCCACGCCUCUACCCAGGAGGAGCAGAGAAUGGACACCUGUUGGACUUUGAGUUCAGUGGCAGCCACUUGUCCUUCUCCCAGCCACCACUGGAGCAGCUGGUGGGGCCGGAUUCCGCUCCGAUGCCCAGCGACUUCCAGGUUCUCAGGGCCAAGUACCGAGACAGCCCGCUGAUAUCGGCCUGGCCGGAGGAGCUGAUCGCCAGGCUGGCCGGCGACAUCGAGGCUGCAGCUGUGCAGGCUGUGAAGCGCUUUGGCAAGUUCCACCUGGCACUCUCAGGUGGCUCGAGCCCCGUGGCCCUGUUCCAGCAGCUGGCCAUGGGGCACUAUGGCUUCCCCUGGGCCCACACACACCUAUGGCUGGUGGACGAGCGCUGCGUCCCGCUCUGGGACCCUGAGUCCAACUUCCAGGGCCUGGAGGCUCACCUGCUGCAGCACGUGCGUGUCCCCUACUACAACGUCCACCCCAUGCCCGUGCACCGGCGCCAGCGGCUCUGCGCCGAGGAGGACCAGGGCGCCCAGGCCUAUGCCGAGGAGAUCUCCACCCUGGUGACCAACAGCAGCUUCGACCUGGUGCUGCUGGGCAUGGGCACCGACGGGCACACGGCCUCCCUCUUCCCUCAGUCCCCCGUCGGCCUGAAUGGCAAGCAGCUGGUGGUGCUGACCACGAGCCCCUCCAGCCCGCACCGGCGCAUGAGCCUCAGCCUGCCCGUCAUCAACCGCGCCCACAAGGUGGCGGUGCUGGUCAUGGGCCGGAUGAAGCGCGAGAUCGCCAUGCUGGUGAGCCGCGUGGGCCGCGAGCCCCGGAAGUGGCCCAUCUCGGGCGUCCUGCCUGACUCUGGGCAGCUGGUGUGGUACAUGGACUAUGACGCGUUUCUGGGGUGACGGUUGCCUCUGCCCUUUGCUCACCCCCGCGCCUUGCUUCACCCGCCCUCUCUCCGCCCUCUCAGUCCUGCCCCAGCCCGCGUGCCCUGCUGUCUGGAAUCUGAUGCCUCGUGGUCAGGCUCCCGGAGACGAAGGACAAAGGCCUUCCCCAGCCCCCGUGACCGUCCCUGCCUAGUGGUGGCGGGUACACACCGGAACAAGGAAGAAAUGGAACCUCUGCCCUUGAGAAGCUUCAAAUCCAAGUCAGGAGAGAAAUGUCCACCUUAAGAAAAGACCUGCAGCAGCUACAUGUGAACACCAACCAGCGCAAAAUAGGACGGUCUGAAAGCUCCCCGCGUGAGCAGGAAUGUGGUGGGCCGAGGUUAAUGGGGGGUUUCCUGCGGGCCGGGCCCCUUCGACCAGCUCUGGUGGAAAAGCAGAACGUGGACGGUAGAGAGCAGGAGCCCAGGCACCAGUGGCCCUGUGCCCCCCACACAGCAGGCUGCCGGGAGCCCUCACCUCUGCUCCAUCCCCUUCCUCCUGAGCCUCUGACUCAGCUGCUGUCCUGUCUCCUCCGGGGCCACCUCCACCUGCUCUGCAUCUCGGGUCUCUUUCUUUUCAGUCCCGACCAUGGAGAUCUUCCCACCCCCUCUCUGUUUCUUUGCUGUCCCUCAGACGCCCCAUUUAUGGACUGAUGAUGAUGACAGUAACACGGUGACAAACAAGGUGUUAAAAUGGAUCCAGAAAUCGUGCGACUGGUUUGCAGCUCCUUUCCUCAGUAGAUGGAUUUCUCUGAUGGCAGGAGGUUCUGGUUCCCCAGCUCUGUCAGGGAAGACCACUGCCCCCACGCUUGCGCUCCUGUCCCCAGCCAACUCUGCGUGAAACACACUGGAGAUAGACGAUCAAGCCAUUCCAGGGAUCCCACGUUUAGGAGGGUCCUUUGUGUCUCAGGGGACUUCCCAGUGAGUGUUUCCACUCUCAGUGUCCCCUCUUGUUUUACCUGGGAAGAUCCAGUUAAAUCUUUCUCUGACGGUGACAUCUCAUUUGGGGGGAGAGCUGUGACAUCAGGUGAUCGCGACCAUCCGGGUGCUCUGAUCUGACCAGGCUGAGCCAGGCCUCCCUGGUGGGGCCCUGCAGCUCAUGUCCGCACUGGCUGCCCACGACCGUCUCAGGGACUUGACUGAUGGUCAGCGCCGAGGGCGGCUGCCGCCUGCCCUUCUCAUACUACCUCGUGGCGGCAUCGGCCUCCUGUCUGCCGGUCCCUCCUGCCAGCGCUCACCUCACCACUAACGCGUUGCUGAAGAUCUGGGGGACACCAACAAGCUUCUCGUUAAGAGCGGGUGGGUAGUCCGCUCCUGAGAAGCCAUGGGUCAGUAAUACCUGUUUUUCUGAAACCCCCAAGGCAGGGGCGUCUCCAAAAUUCUUUUUUAAAAAUCAAGCUUCUCAGGACACUUCUUUUUUUUUUUUUUUUUUUUUGGCUGUGUUGGGUCUUCAUUGCUGCUCGGGCUUUCUCUAGUUGGGGCGAAUGGGGACUACUCUUUGUUGUGGUGCACUGGCUUCUCUUGUUGCAGAGCAGGGGCUCUGGGCGCACGGGCUUCAGUAGUUGCAGCACGUGGGCUCAGUAGUUGUGGCUCACAGGCUCUAGAGCACAGGCUCAGUAGUUGUGGCACACGGGCUUCGUUGCUCCGCGGCAUGUGGGAUCUUCCUGGACCAGGGCUCGAACCCGUGUCCCCUGCAUUGGCAGGUGGAUUCUUAACCACUGCAGCACCAGGGAAGCCCUCUCAGGACACAUUUAAUUUUUAUUUCAAUUUCCCACAUAGCCAUGUCCCCAAGAUAUGUCAAUAAAGGAUAAGACAGGUG